UUUAGCUCUUAGCCGCCCACUGUCCUUAUGCAGGCUGACAGUGUUUUCCAAUUUCCAGUGUUGAAGCAGAGAGUAGGGUGACGGCGAUCAAGUAAUGGGCAAAGAGAUGGUUACAGCAGCGUCAAUUGUUUUCUCACUAGUGUUCGGAGGUUUUCUCCUGCUUGUUCUCCGGUUUUGUGAUGCCUUGCUGUUGAAGCCAAGAAGGCGGAGAUCAAGACUUGAAAAACAAGGUAUCAGAGGGCCUGACCCUUCUUUUUUUUAUGGAAAUAUAGCUGAAAUGAAGAGGAUAAUAGAAGCGCAGGAGCCUUUAGUCGAGAAAUCUGCAGCAUCAGAAGAGCUGCUUCAUGCUUGGCCCUCCGUUGUCUUCCCGCAUCUCGAGCAAUGGAGACAGGAAUAUGGACCAACUUUCUUGUACUCCACCGGCAACAUACAGCUACUGUGCAUUACAGAUACGGAGAUGGUAAAAGAAGUGAUCCAUUACACCUCAUUGAACCUUGGCAAGCCUAUGUAUUUAUCAACAGAACGUGGCCCUCUUCUCGGUAGAGGCAUCCUAUCAUCAAAUGGACCUUAUUGGGCUUAUCAGAGGAAGAUUAUUGCACCUGAAUUUUACCUACAUAGAGUCAAGGACAUGGUGAACCUGAUGGCUGAAUCCACAUUAACAAUGUUAGGAACUUGGGAGAAUAGAAGUGAGAGUUGGGAAGGAAAGAUGGAAAUCAGAGUGGAUGAGGAUUUGAGAAGUUUGUCGGCAGAUAUAAUUUCAAGAGCUUGCUUUGGAAGAAGCUACGUGCAAGGGGAAAAAAUAUUCAGUAAACUUCAAUCACUUCAAAAGAUAAUGUCAAAGGGAAACAUCGGAGUUCCCGGAUUAAGGUACAUUCCAAAUCAACACAACAGGGACAUAUGGAAAUUGGAACGUGAGAUAGACUCCAUGAUUCUAGAGGUGGUCAAAAGUCGCAGUGAUGAUGAUAAAAACAAGUGUGACCUUCUACAAUCGAUACUAUCUACAGCUGGGAGUUAUGGAGACAACAGUGACAUACCGGCAGAUAUCUCUCUUAACAAGUUUAUUGUUGAUAACUGCAAGAACAUAUAUUUUGCUGGCCAUGAGACUACAGCAAUAGCGGCAUCAUGGUGCUUAAUGACACUGGCAACACAUCCAGAUUGGCAAGCUCGUUCUCGUAAAGAGGUGAUUGAAAUCUGUGGCACGAACAUUCCGACAGCAAACAUGCUACGAAACAUGAAAGUGUUGACGAUGGUGAUUCAAGAGACGCUACGCCUUUACCCGCCGGUAGCUUAUGUGGUAAGAGAAGCCUUGGAAGAUAUCCAUUUCAAAGGAAUCAAUAUCCCAAAAGGCAUAAACAUUCAGGUUCCUAUACCCAUAAUGCACCAGCAUCAGGAGCUCUGGGGCUUAGACGCACAUGAGUUCAAGCCGGAUAGAUUUGCCAAUGGAACUUCAGGUGCAUGUAAGAUUCCACAGGCUUAUAUGCCCUUCGGGGUUGGAUCUCGCACUUGUGUUGGACAAAACUUUGCCAUGGCUGAACUGAAGGUCAUUCUAUCACUUAUUCUGUCCAAGUUUAGCUUCACUCUUUCGCCAGCAUAUCACCACUCACCUGUGUUUAGAUUAGUGAUACAGCCUCAACAUGGAGUCAGUAUUCUUCUGGAAAAACUGUGAUGUUCUCUUAGAAUUUACACAUGAAAUGAACAUUAUUUUCAGCGUUAUGUACAUGUAGCUAUUUUCAUCGA